AUGGUGCUGUUGCGUGAGGCUGCCAGCUCUGCGCAGCGCUGGGGCCUCUGGGGGCUGAUGCUGGCCCUGUCUGUAGCCAUCUAUGGCUCGCACGCUCCCCUCCUGACCCACUGCAAGGUGGACGGGGUGAUCCCCUUCAGCUCCGCUGCCGUUGUGGUCCUCGUGGAGCUGACCGAGCUGGGGUUGUCCCUCCUGUGCCUGCUGACCUGGGACCGGGACCUGCUGGGAGUCACCAUCUCAUGGCACCAUGUCGUUCCCUUCGCCCUCUCCGCCCUGCUCUACGCCGCCAACAACAACCUGGUGGUUCACAUGCAGCUCUUCAUGGAUCCCAGCACCUACCAGGUCUUGAGUAACCUGAAGAUAGUCAGCACCGCGCUCCUCUACAGCCUCCUCCUGCGCCGGCGACUCGGGGCGCGCAGGUGGCUGGCACUCCUCUUGCUGGUGGCUGCUGGGGUGAGCUACAGCUGUGGUGGCCUGCAGGACCCCGGUGGCCCCUCCAGGAUGGAGCUGCACAUCACACCCGUGGGCUUGGUGCUGAUCUCGGUGUACUGCCUGAUCUCGGGCCUGUCUGCUGUCUACACGGAAGCCAUCCUAAAAACCCAGGCGCUGCCUCUCAGCCUCCAGAACUUCUUCCUUUACUUCUUUGGGGUCCUCCUUAACUCUAUGGGCUACUUCUGGAGUGGCACAGAGGGCGGUUUCUUGGAGGGCUUUUCCUCCUGGGUGCUGGUGAUUGUGAUCAGCCAGGCCUUGAACGGCUUGAUCAUGUCCGUGGUCAUGAAACACAGCAGUAACAUCACCAGGCUCUUCGUGAUCUCCUGCUCCAUCCUGGUCAACGCCCUCCUGUCUGUUGCACUCUUCGAUUUGCAGCUCACCCUCCUCUUCUUCGUCGCUGUCGUGUGCAUCGGCCUUGCCGUCCACUUGUACUACGGCGUCACGUAG